UAUUGGAGGAAUGCGACACCAUUCUUCGAGAAAGUCCAUAAUUUGGUGUUUUCUUGAUGGUGGUGGAAAACACUCAGGCACUGCUCCAGAAUCUCCCAUAAGUGUUGAAUCGGGUUGAGACCCUUUCAACCCCCUAUGCUCCUUUGAGACCUCUCUUUCAAAGUCACUGAGAUCUUUUUUAGACAUGGUAGCCAAAAUAAUGGGAAACGGGGCAUUUUAUACGUGACCCUAAGCAUGAUGGGAUGUUUUAAUUGCGUGAUUAACUCAGAAACCCCAUCUGUGUGGUUGCAACUGCUUUCAACAUACUUUGAAUCCCUCAUUCACUCAAGUAUUUCCUUUUAUUUUGGUAUUUACCUCUACCUAAUGAAUGGGAUUCAAUAUCAUGCACAUCUGCCAUAUUUUAUUCAUCAAGCAAUAAGGCAUGUAGUGCAUGGAGCCUAAUGUAACUAACAUUAUUUGAGCUUUACGAAUCCCAGUGGUUUUGCGUAGCGGUAUUGGAAAUGUCGCUCUGGAUAAGAGCGUCUGCUAAAUGACUUAAAUGUAAAUGUAAAUGUAAUGUAAAGUUGAUUAAUUUCCACGCUAAAACUUGGGUAUCCUAAGGGUACUCGCCACUUGGGGUAGCAUGCACCCUUUCAAAACUUCAGUUCAGUCUUCUAUUUCGAAAACAAUGGCUUGUGUAGCUCAAAGCCUGCCCAUGUGUAAGGCUAUUUUAUAUAUUUUUCUUUCGAGUAUUAAGUAUUGUCAGUCCGUCCUAUAACUCUCAAACACGGCUGUAGCUGCUUCAAUUCUUGGUAAAGGCAAUCCACACCAAGGCCAUUAUACCCCAGAAUCGAAUCUGAUUUUACUGUUUAAGCCAAUGUAUGUAAAUGUGUCUGAUUUUAGCUGAGAUUAUAGUUCUUUAAACCUACUCUGACACCUCUUGAUUGGUUUGAGGAUCCCUGUUGCCUUAAAGUGAAAAUGUGCCAGAUUUAAUAUUGUUUCUAUACGAUUUCCUGCCUUCUCCACAACAUCGACACUAGAAUUUAAUGUAUUGGGUUAUGAACUGGGAACAAUAAAAUUAUAUCUGGAAUUUUGAAUAGAUAAAAAGUUUAUCUAUACAAUUCAAAUUACCGACCUGGGAGUCGGGAAUUUGGCAGUCAGAGGGCUUAGUCUAAAGUCCCUGUUAUGUUCAUAUGUAUGCAUUGUAUUCCCUUGAUGUAUAAUAAAACCCUUUCCUUUGGGAUAGAUGCAUCACACAAAAACACUGCAUGCCUUCUACCAAAUAAUGAGUCAAGCAAGGUGUCCACAGCAGUAGUUAUGAAGCCUACCGGGCGCUGCUAACAGAAUAAAUACAUCUCAAUGGAACGCCGGGGGAGUUUCCGCCGUUGGUUACCGUUAUCAACAACAGCCAGCAAGCCAGGCAACAACAUGAUUGUGGUCCUUGUCUUGUGGGUGGUAUGAAAUAAUCCCUAUCAAACAAAAGCAAUUUUUUUGUACUAAUGGAGCCAUGUAUCCAAGUGUCGGUAUAUAACGUGUAGCAUGUUGGAAUACGAGCAUUAGGUAGCUAGAGAUGAAUUAAACCAGAAGUUUAUAUUGCUAGCUUUUAAUUUAUUUUUUACUUUGACGUUACUGUAGCUAGGUACUGUACUAGCCAAAUGUGUGCUCUAGCUAGUAUUUUCAGUCUUGUAGGAUAUGUUGAGAUGUUGUAGAUAUGCAAGCUAUAUGACUAAAUCAAGACGGUUAACCCCUUCUUAUAUCCCUGACUUGGUCAUUUCAAAAUGUCUUGACAAGUAGUCCCAGUGGGCGGUUUUAUUAAAGGUCAACACUAUCGGAUCUGCUACAGUACAGGCUGGCCAAGUAACGUUAGGAGUAUAUUAUGGCCGAGGACAAGAUUGAUGAGUGACUGGUGUGUGAUCUGACUUCUCCUGUGUGAUUGCUAGCAAGUCAUUAACGUUACUCAUCACUUAUGACUGCUGUUGUCACCAAGUCUGAUCCUUUAUCAGAGGCAGCUUGUCGACUCUUUAAUCCACAUAAGACCCUGACACUGCUUUAAAGCCAUCCAAGCUGUUGAGUCUCCUGCUGCAAAUCUGGGUCAGUACUGAGUGUAGUGGAGGUAACAUGAUUCAGUGGCUCUACAUUUUGAGAGCUACUUUGGACAUUGAUAUAUCGCUUUUACUUGAUGUCACUGAAAGAAAUGUUUGAUUUGUGUUCUGAAUUUAGUGUACAAUUUAGAUGCUUUUUGUUUUUCAGUCAGUGAAAAGUGAAGAACACUGGAGAAUUGGAGAGCAGUUUAGGCCAGAUAUCGGGAUGAAGCAGGACAUUGCUGCACUGGAGCUGGUAGAAGUUCGAAAGUUACAUGAAUUAGUGCGGAGACUAGAAAUUCAAAAUGAAUCUCUAACGGAGAGGCGAAGAAAUAUCAACACCAAAAACCAGGCUCUCUCUGGUGUGCUUAUCAGCUGUCCCUCUUCACCGGAGGAAAAUCUAAAUUGCUGUGAUUUGCCAGACCCUGAACCAGCAGAGGUCAACGGUGGGGAUGGUAUAUCUCCACCUCCUCUUGAAAGCCCCAGAGAUACACUAGUGAGGCAGGAUGGACACGUAUAUGAUGGCUGUUAUACACACUUGCCCCACAGUGACAUGUUGGAGGAGACACACAGGCAGGGAUGCAUAGGGUCAGAGGAGCUGGUGGUCAGGGACACAGAGAAAAGAGCAGAGCACUCUUCUCUGGAGCUAGUGGACAUCCUGGACCUAGAGGAGUGUUGUGAGGUGGAGAAUGAAGUGAGCUGGUUAUAUGAGUCACCCAAGAAAGGGGCAUCUGCCGAGAGAAGUGAUGAGUCCCCUAUAAAGUGGUGCAGACAGGUCCUGGACAACCCCAGCCCUGAAACAGAGGUGGCAUGUCGCACACUAAUUAAUAUCCUGGACCAAAAGACGAGAUGGAGUAGUAUCUUUAGCAGUCGCUACCACAGACGUCCUGUAGCCUUCCCUGACACUGGCCAUCGCUGCAUGGGCUCACCUUCCCCUCGGUACCAGAGAUCAACUGACAGAAGUCAACAAACCAACAAACCUAACAGCUCAGAUGGCAAUGAUGCCAUUUUACCACCAUCAAUGGACGAGAAUGAGCCGAGUUUCUCAGAUGACUCCAUCACCAUGGGCUACAGGCUGCAGGACCUCACUGAUGUCCAGAUCAUGGCUCGCAUGCAGGAAGAGAGUUUACGACAGGACUAUGCCUCCAUCCCUGCUGCCCCCACACCGUUCAGGGGUCCUGGUGCAUCCAUGCUGUCACCUUCUAAUUAUAGCUACAGUGAUCUGGAGUUCGACAAGUAUAGCCUGGAGGACAGAGUCGCAUACACACCGCCUCCCAGCCAGCUGCCCCACUACCGCCGUUCCCCAUUGGGCCAGUCACCCAGAGCCAUAGCCCAGCCUGGUUACAGCAGCCAGCUGCCAAGGCCUCCCAGUCAAGCGACCACUCAAUCUAAGCUGUUUAAGAUUGCAAAGAGCAGAGAGGGUCUGAGAAGCAGCAUGUCCAACCAGGAUUCACCCCCUCGCACCAGCCUCCGCUCUCUCCAGGCAGUCAGGAACAGCCGCAACCUGGAGGCCAACGGCCAGCUCCUCACAGACCACCCCACCUCCCGCCUCACCUACCCUGUAGCAGGUUCAACCAGAUCUCCACCAGGUGAGUCUUCAGUCAGGCUUAGGAGUGGUGGCCGAUCUUCAUCUGUUUCUGCCAAAACCUUGAACUCCAGUGACCCCCCUGCAACUGGAGCAGCACGGCAGUCCCUGAGAGAAUCAUUUCAGGCCUUGUCUAUUAGAGAGCCUCCGAGAGCCCAGUCCCUCAUCCCCUCUGGUUUGAGGAUCCCCUGUCCCAGUAAGGACUUUUCAGUUGGAGGGUACCUAUCAAGUCAUGUCUAUGCCUCCCCUGAGAGGUCGACUACUAUGGCUUGGGGCAGACUGGGGCAGCCUGCCAAUAACCAUAGGUAA